ACCAAAAGCAACAUAAAGUUUUCCCUGUUUAGACAAAAGAAGCUUUUUACUGGCCUAUCCCCAGCUAAUCUCAUUCUAACACAAGUUAUUACUGUUUAUAUAUCAAUUCCUCUCAGGGCCUUAACUUUGCUUGACAUCCUCCAUUCUCUCCACUUCUUAGAACCAAAACAGAGAGAAAGAGAAAGCUCUGUUUUUUCUCCUACUUGACACCCAUUUUCCAACUCUGGAAAAGCAAAAUGGUUAAAAUAGGAGGUGUUUUGGUUUGUCUGGUGAUUGUAGCCAUGGAUAUAGGUGCUGGAAUUCUUGGCAUCCAAGCAGAAGUUGCACAAAACCAGGUCAAACACUUGAGGCUAUUCAUAUUUGAGUGUAGAGAACCAAGUCAAGAUGCUUUCAAGCUAGGGUUCGCUGCAGCAGUACUUCUAGUUCUAGCCCAUGUUAUUACUAAUUUGCUUGGUGGGUGUAUGUGUAUUUGCUCCCAAGAAGAGUUUCAUGGAGCUUCUCCAAACAGGCAACUCUCCAUGGCCUGCCUCUGCUUCUCUUGGUUGAUAAUGGCAGUUGGAUUGUCGAUGCUGGUUAUAGGGACAAUGUCGAACCACAAGUCAAAGGCUUCCUGCGGUUUCUCACAUCACCAUUUCCUUUCCAUUGGAGGCAUACUCUGUUUUGUACAUGCUCUGUUUAGUGUUGCAUAUUACGUCUCCGCCACUGCUGCUCUCAAGGAAGAAGGAAAGUAAAAGGGUAUCCGGGUAUGUAAGAAAAAGUAAUUUAUUGUACUCUUAAUUGCUUGUAAUUCAAUCUGUUGUUCUACACAACUACUUCUGUAAUCUAUCCUUUUGUUUCUUAUAGAGCCUAACCCAGAAAGUACACAGAA